UGGGGGGGAUAGAGACUCCUGAAGGGCGCAGGGGGGGCCUUGGGAUCGGCUGCAGGAGGAGACACGGCAGGGUAGGGCAUUGGCGGGGGCCCUGGAGGACAAGCCCUCCCCCAGCCCCAGCUGCUGGCCUCGCUCUGUCCUGGGAGCUGAUUACAGGCUUUGGGAGGGGGGAGGGAACAGGCUGUUCUGCGUGGGUCAGAGGGGAAGGCCCGGUUGGAAGAGCUAGGCUGUGGGGAGGGGUUCGACGUCAGGCGGGCCGAGCUAGUCCCCUGUGUGCUCCUCAGGACUGCUGGGAGGACAUGGAGAAUGACAGAGAGAGGGAGAGGGAGGGAGGGAGGGAGACAAAGACGGAGCCCUCUCAGCCCAGGAAGAGCCACCUGCUUUGGUGAAAAGUGCGGAGAGAGUCGGGGUUGUAGGGCUGCUUUAAACUCGAGCAAGACCAGCUCUUUGGCUCAGGCUCUCUCUGCUGUAGCUUCCGUUCUUGGUAAAACAGGGUCCUACGGCCUCCCGGGCACCAGGGUGCCACCCAGUAGGUGCUGAGCAAAAGCAGCAACACUUGUCUGGGCCCUUCAGUCCCUGCCCAGCCCAAGGGGACCCUAAUGUGAGAGAGGCAGAGCAAGCCAGCACCCCCAUCCCGGGCCCAGCCUCCUGCGACCUUGGGCAAGUGAGGGGUCUGCUUUCCGAGCCUGUUUCCUCAUGUGCACCCUCCUAACAAGACCCCAGAUAUCCCCGGUCUCAGCUGGCUGAGCGCCCCCCCACCCCAUGACAUUAUUUCUCAGUUUAUCUAUUUCACUUCUUUCAAACAGUUAAGAAUGACAAUAAAGACUCCUCAGCCAGCAGUCCACGUGAGGUGGGGACACCCAAGGCCCUGCCCAGGGAGAGAGACCCCUUGCCGUUUCAUGUCCCUCUCAGCCAAUCAAUAACCAGCGCGGUGGCUGGACCAGCCCCUGAGCUCAUUUCGAGUACAAGACGCCAUCAGUCACCAUCCGGGAACUCUGAGAAAAUAAAGGUUUAUUAUUUACUUAGAACCUGGAAAUGACACAACACCCGUGGGGCCACACAGCCCAGCAGCAGGUGGAGGGAGAGCAUGGUCAGGGCUGGGGUUCUGCUUUGAUUGGCUCUGAGGAUGGGGGCCUAACGUGAGAGUGGUCAUUUAAAGCAUCAAAGAGGAAAAGCAAGGGGCCCAAACGGCCAGUUACCAGAAUCAACCUAGAUCUCAGACAGGAGCCUCGCGGGGAAGGGCGCCUGCGUUUCAUAGCUGCUGGGCGGAGAUGGCCGUCAUGGGGGUGGCCGCCUCCACAAUCAACGCUUCAUGGAGUCAGGCGCUAGCAUUACAACAGAGAACACAGCGUCAGGGCUCACGCUGGAUUCACCCUGACCCUGACCCUGACCCUCUCCCAUGCCUCCCCCUCCUCCAAGGCCCCCAGCUGGGCCGGCGGGGAGCUAUAAGCCGGGUGCCCGCUGGGCUCAGGCGCUUCCCGCCGCCAUGGACCCCCGCCCGCUCCCCUGGGCGCUGGUGCUGCUGAGUUCGGCCCUGGUCGUGACGCUGGGCCGCGCGCCCACCCCGGAGGGGCCGGAGAAGCUGUGUGGCCACCAUUUCGUCCGCGCGCUGGUGCGCGUGUGUGGGGGCCCGCGCUGGUCCCCCGAGGCCGGGCGGCCAGUGGCUGGCGGAGACCGUGAGCUGCUGCAAUGGCUGGAAGGACGACAUCUCCUCCAUGGCCUGGUGGCCGAGGACCAAAUGCUGGUACUCGACCCACAGCCCCUGCUCCAGGCCUCUCACCAUCACCACCACCACCACCACCAUCGCCGGGCAACUGCCACCAACCCUGCCCGCCACUGCUGCCUUAGCGGCUGCACCUGGCAAGACCUACUGACCCUCUGUCCCCACUGAGCCCUCCUAGGGCAGGGCCUCGGGGAGUCAGAGACCCAGAAGUUCUGGUUUGGUGACCUCCUGAAGCCAUACAGCACCAUAAAGCCCCAUAUCUGGGGGAUUGUUGAUUACAUCCUGGGACAGGGGACUCACCACCUACCCUAGGUCACCCAACUUCUAUGGGGUUAACUCAGGGAAGGGGGCACCCCACCACCCUGGCUUGGAGAAUCCUUGAUUUUACAGUGUCAGACACGGAGGGCCAAAUGUUCUCACCUCCAAGGAGUCCUCUCUGCACUUGUAAAACCCCAUCUUGCUGU